AUGUCCUCUUAUUUAGUAGAGGGGAUACCCAAUCCAUUGAGAUGCUCCUUGCAGCUUUCAAAAAAUUUCUCUGAUUCUACGGGGCUCAUUGUUAAUCCUAAGAAGUGCAAGGCUUUCUAUGGAGGUAUGGAUCCUGACACAAAGCUGAAGGUGUUGCAGAUUAUUGGCUAUGUUAAGGGCCAACUACCUAUCAGGUAUUUAGGCCUUCCUUUGGCCAGCAAAAAGCUGAGUGUGAGUCAUUAUUUGCCCUUGAUUGAUAGGAUUAUGAGUAGGAUCAGGCACUGGUCAGCUAAUCUUCUUAGCAUAGCUGGCGGAAUUCAACUGGUUAAGAGUAUUGUUGUAGCCACUGCUCAAUACUGGAUGUCUAGUCUUUCCCAACCCGAUAGUGUCAUCAAGAAGCUGGAUACUCUAUGCAGGUCAUUCAUCUGGUCAGGAAAAUCCACUCCUAGCAAAAAAAAGUCAUGUGGCUUGGAAGAAAGUUUGUAG